UCGUGCACGGUUGUAUCACGUGUUCACAUACGCCAGCUGCACCGUCGCGAGUUACCGGCAAGUGGAGUGUAUUGAUGUUGUAAACCGGUAACGGGGCGUCCCGCGUUGGGCUUGCCUUCGCCAUAGGAGCAUAUAUAAAGAAACGAUGACAAACUACUGAACACGGUGGAAAAAUGCUUCUCUUGAGUUUGCUCCUGUCGUUAACGGCGACCGGAGAUGCUGCGACUGACCUUUACGUGACGGGAGCAUCGCGCCCGCCGGAGCUGGUGGCCGGUGCCUCGCCUCCCGUUACAUCUCUCGCCGCCUCCCGUUAUACUCCACAAGAGGACGGGAAGACAGGGAUCGCGCACGGCCGGUCCGCGGAGGAACCGUCGUCCACGAACACGGAGGACGGAGAGUCUUCUCAUAACCACGGAGGGGGGUACAAGAUAGUGCAGUGGGAAUGGAGCUACGUGCAGACACCCUACAUCAUAGCCAGCUGGCUUUUGGUUGCCAGUGUGGCCAAAAUACUGUUCCAUUUCUCUCAGCGUUUCACCACAGCUGUCCCAGAGAGCUGUAUGUUGAUUCUGCUGGGUCUGGUUCUGGGUGCAGUGGUCCUCAUCGCCAGCAAGACGCAGCCGUACCAACUGCACCCAGGCCUUUUCUUCCUCUUUCUCCUGCCAACUAUUGUGGGGGAUGCAGGGUAUUUUAUGCCAGCACGGCUCUUCUUUGACAACCUGGGUGCCAUUUUGAUGUACGCUGUGGUGGGCACAUUGUGGAAUGCCUUCUGCACUGGAUUCUGUCUCUAUGGAGUCAAGAUGGCUGGAUUAAUAGAUGAAAAAGUGGAGGGAGGUUUGAUGGAGUUUCUGUUGUUUGGAGCUCUGAUCUCAGCUGUGGAUCCUGUAGCAGUGUUGGCUGUGUUUGAAGAAGUCCAUGUGAAUGAGACACUCUUUAUCAUUGUUUUUGGCGAGUCACUUCUCAAUGAUGCUGUGACUGUGGUGAUGUAUAAAGUAUACAUAUCUUUUGUGGGAGUGGGACCAGGGAAUGUUCAUACUGCAGACUAUUUUAAAGGAAUUGUAUCAUUCCUCAUUGUCAGUAUUGGAGGAACUUUGGUGGGUCUCAUCUUUGCUGUUAUUUUGGCCUUCAUCACUCGUUUUACCAAGAAGGUUCGCAUCAUAGAGCCGCUGUUUGUCUUCCUGUUGGUUUACCUGGCCUACCUGACGGCAGAACUGUUUUCUCUCUCUGCCAUUCUUUCAAUGACAUUCUGCGGCAUUGGCUGCAACAAAUAUGUGGAGGCCAAUAUAUCCCAGAAGUCCCGGACCACUGUGAAGUACACCAUGAAAACUUUGGCCAGCAUUGCUGAGACAAUCAUCUUCAUCUUUUUGGGCAUCUCAGCUGUAGACAAAUCUAAAUGGGCCUGGGACACUGGACUUAUUGUCAGCACUCUCAUAUUUAUCUUACUCUUUCGGGCAAUAGGUGUCGUAGGGCAGACCUGGUUCCUGAACUGGUUCAGACUGGUUCCCCUGGACAAGAUUGAUCAAGUGGUUAUGUCAUACGGUGGCCUGCGAGGUGCUGUGGCUUUUGCUUUGGUGGUGCUGUUAGACAAAGAACACGUGAAGGCAAAAGAUUAUUUUGUGGCAACGACCAUAAUUGUGGUUUUCUUCACUGUCAUGUUUCAGGGUUUGACCAUCAAGCCUUUAGUGAAAUGGUUGAAAGUGCCACGCAGCACAAACAGAAAACCCACCAUUAAUGAAGAGAUCCACGAGCGUGCCUUUGACCACAUUCUGACAGCUGUUGAGGACAUCGCUGGUCUAAAUGGCUACCAUCACUGGAGGGACAAGUGGGAGCAGUUUGACAAGAACUAUUUGAGCAAGUUGCUGUUGAGAAAGUCUGUGUACCAUAAGAGUGAGCUGUGGGAAGCAUAUCAGAAAAUCAACAUCAGAGAUGCCAUCAGUGUCAUUGAUCAGGGUGGGAACGUGUUGACCUCUGCUAGACUCUCUCUGCCUUCCAUGGCUAGCAGAACCUCUUUCCCAGAGGUCACAAAUGUUACCAACUACCUGAGAGAGAAUGGCAGUGGGGUGUGUCUAGACCUCCAGGUGAUUGACACCGUGCCAGGAGCCAAGAUAGAAGAGGAGUUAGAAACACAUCACGUACUUGCAGGAAACCUCUACAAACCCAGGAGACGGUACCAGUCCCACUACAGUCGGCACUUUAUGACGGUUGGGGACAAGGAGAGGCAGGACAGGGAGGUGUUCCAGAGGAAUAUGCGUAACCGUCUUGAGUCCUUCAAAUCCACUCACUACAAGCGCCAUAAGAAGGACCGCAGUCAGAAAAAGAGAAAAGGGUCAGAUGCUAAAGAGCAAGACAACAGCGAUAAACCCAGACGUAAUGUCAGCUGGCAGGACAAAGAUCCAGUUGUAGUUCCAAUGGGGCCCGAGGAAGACAAACACGAUGCCUCUGAACCAGAUAGAGAUGAGGAUGUGGGCAUCACUUUUGUGGCCCGCAGGGCUCCAGAAACACCAAAGGAGAGACCGAAAUCAGUACCAGCUGCUUUGGAUGUGUGUCAGAGUCCAGUCGCAGCCCCUCCUUCUCCUACAUGCGGAGAGAAAAACCUGCCGUGGAAAAGCGGUGUUGACUCCCUCCCUCCGUGUGUGUCUGUGGAGGCCACAAAAAUUAUCCCUGUAGACCUGCAGCAGGCCUGGAAUCAGAGCAUCUCCUCUCUGGAGAGUCUGGCUUCUCCUCCUGCUCCUCCUGAGCCUCAGCACCCACGUGUUAGUGCCCUGGCGAGGCUGGGGGGACCCAUGCGGACCCCUGCAAAGGCAAAGAGUGGUUCAGGACCGGGAAGUAAUGCAACGACCUCAAGUUCAGGGCAAUUCCAGUUCCCUGUGAGGAAAGAGGAAGAAGAAGAAGAAGGUGCAAUAUCUCAGCAGCAGCAGGAAAUACAGCCACUAAUGGCAUCUUUAAGGCCUCCACUGCCUGCUGCUCAAGCUGCUGGAAAGAGACGGAAUCCUUGCGUUUAUCUUCGGAGUCUGGUGACAGUGCCACCUUCUGGUGUGGAACCGCACAGCUGGAAGCCUACCCAACUAUAAAAUCUCUUUCCUAAAGUUUUUUAUCUGUAGGGCCUUCAAUCACCUUACCAUUAUAGCCUUUGGUGUUUCAGGCCAGAUUUUUGUCACUUAAUUGACACAAAAUGUCAUUUUUAAGAAACUGUUUAUUUUAUUUCUUUUUUAAGCACUUAUAGGUUUAGUCGGGUUAGAAAUGGUUUGUAGAGUUUGCUAACUGAGCGUCCAGUUCUUCUCACAUAGGAAAACAUUCAAUUUCCAAUGUUUUUUUUUUUUUUUAAGUGCUCUGCCCUGUAUUAUAUACCUCCUGUAUUAGUAAAUGUCAAGAUGUAUAAAGCUACUGGACAUAUAUAAGGCUGAACCACAUUCCAACGACCUUUUGGGUGUGUCUAUAAAAACAUGUUUUCAUGUCCUCCCUCACUCAGUGAACAUCACUUUAUGAUUACUCUUAAAUAGGAAUGCAUGUUCUUUCUUCACCAAACAGAAGUACAACCUGUUUGUGGGUCUCAAAUAAGCUGAACAUAACUUUAACUGGGGUGGGAUCUGUUUGUGCGAUCAAUAUGCUUAUAAACCAUAAAUGCAGUUUUGUUGGUAAAGCUGCAAAAAAUACACAACUGUUCUUUUAUUUCACAGCUUUUCAUUUUCAAAUCAGCUACUUCAAAGAAUACAUUUUUAUAAAGACAUGUAACGUUGUGACCCGAGGUAGUUCGGAUAAGCGGUAGAAAAUGGAUGGAUGGACAUGUAACGCAUUCUCUUGCAGCUCAUUACAGAAAGCACAUGGGUCACACAGUGAAUCUUAAAUUCUGUCAUAACAUCUAUAUUGAUUUUUACAUUCUUAUGAUUGAAUAUCUGAUAGCUCUCAAAGGUUUUAAAUAUGCAUAAGAAGUACACAUCCACUACAGUGAUGGAUAUGAAACAUUAGAUGAUAAAUAAUUUUAGGAUGAUUGCUAACGUGAGCAUUUACGCUCUGAUCAGAAUCUACCAGCUUCUAUACAUCACAUUGUACCUGUUGUCUAUUGUUGUGUUUCGGCAGAAUAGCAUUGUCUUCCAAAUGGGCAUUUAUUUAUUCAUGUAUGCUAUCACUUGAAUUUAUUGAUAUGCUUGUUGAAUAGCAGUUUUUUUGUACAUUAAUCUACAAAAAAACAAAUAACCAAAGUAAAUGACUUUUUCUUUUAUUUGAUAUAAUACAUAAUCUUUAUUCUUUAUGUGGCACUAUAUUUAUCAUCAUGAAUAUAAUCAUUAAUUUCGAAUCAAUGGGAUUUCAUGUGCUUUAUCAGUAGUAGGGGGCUGGAAAAGUUUCACUCAUUGUAUAAAUCUGUGUCCCUCAUCAUGCUCUAGGUCAGAUGUUCUGUAAAAUAUCUACAUUUACAUAAUGCAUUUUUCCAUGUACUCUUAUUGCACUUUUUUCAGUGAGGUUUAGUUUGUCAAGCCAUAUGCAGUCUCUGUGAAAAUUUCGUUUCUUUAAUGAAUUCCGAUGGUCGUUUCUUUUCUUCAUUUUUAUGGCUGUUGAAAUACUGUAUCUUAAAUUAAUAUUAAAAUUACAAAUUUAAGGGUUGACACCUUGCAUUAAAAGCCAUUUAGCCCAAAAUCGAUCCAUGAUAUUUAAGCUACUAUCCCUUUAUUUUGUAUUGCUGUGUUUUUUUUGUCUAUAUUAGGAUUGUUGUGUCUUGAAGGAGACAGUGCUACAUGUUGAACCUGUAAACAGUAUAAAGUGUUUACUUGUCUUACUUUAACUUGUCAUGUUAGAAGGAAUGUUGAAAGAAGGAACUUAUAUUUCAAUUAAAUUAUUCACUCAUUGAAUUAAUAUAGAAUUUUCAGUUCAUGUUUUCAUG